UAUGUUUAGCGACAAAGAAUUUCUCCGGAAAUUACAAUUUGAAGAGAUUUUGAAAAACAGGAAUUUAUUUUCAAAUGUAUUCAGCCGGAGAUAAUGAGGAGUUGAAAUGUUUCCGUCGCGAAUGGAUGCAAGAACUCAGCAAAACAAAACAAGAUAUACAAGUUCACAAGGGGAAUCUGGAAAAAUGUCAAAAUUUCAAACAAGGCGACAUUGAGAGAGCGUUUGUUGAUUUCAAAGAGGAAGUACGUCAUUUUCAUCCUGUAGGAUGCUCCACGGAUAAAUCGUGCUCUGUAAAAUUUCCUAAGACGACAGAAGAAAAAUCAUCUGUCAAUGUAAAUGAUGAUAUUGUUCUUUUGAAUUUACCGCAACCUCAAACUGGAGAGGUUAACAAUGACACACCGAGUGACUCAAAAGUACAACAAAAAUUGUUCUCUGAAAAACUUGUUAAAAGAAAGAAGAGUCUACUAGAUCAACUGAUAGAAGACAUUGAUGAAAUUACAAGUAUUCCUUUCUUUGAUUUGAGCUUACCCAAAGAAGUGGGAGUACAGAUUUUCACUGACUUGGGAAUCAAAGACCUUUGUGCUUGCGCUCAGGUUAGCAAGGCCUGGAAAAUUCUGGCAGAGGAUGAACUGAUAUGGUACCAUGUAGGUUGUAAACUAGGUUAUGUUCAAAAGAGACACUCUUCCACUAUAGACAGAGAAAACUGGAAAAGUUUUGUACGAGAUAGCAUUUUAGAGGAAAGAGAAUUGAGAAGGAACUGGAAGGAAAGAAUAUGCAGAUUGUCCAGUUUGGAAUUUGAGAGAGGUGGAGGUCUCUGUGCUGUUUCUGUCCAUGGAAAUUUCAUUUGUUCAGGAUACUCAAGUGGUGCAGUCGUUGUAUGGGAAGGAGAUGCUGAAAAUGUGUCAAGUUACAGAGAACUGAUCUCAUCUGAUUCAGUGAAUUCACAAAGACAGAGAGUGCAUGUCACAUCAACUACCAUCAACCAGAAGUUGUGUGUAGCUGGGUUUGACAAUGGUGAUGUUUGUGUAUGGUCCCAUAACUUGAGUUCCUCACCGCUGUACCAUUUUCACUGUCACGAAUCUGUUAAGGGUGUUUCAUUGGCCAUAAGUGGUCCACUAGCAUUUGUAGCCCUGUCAGAUCAUGUACUCAAGGUACAUACCAGUGAUGUCAAUGGACGGUGGUCAUGUGUAGAAUCAAGGAAUUAUGAGAAGAUUGGCCACGCCAUGUUUAUCCCAAACUCUGCUUCACACUCAUUACCUGAACAUGUUGCCAUAGCAACUCAAGAUACUGUGUCAAUCCUGGCACCUGGCAAAGGUCUUCUAUCAACAAUGGAUCAUGUGAUUGGUGGAAAGUUAACUUGCAUGGACUGUACUCCAGAUCAGCUUGCAAUUGGUGUGGGUUCGUAUGGAUAUGGAACCCUCGGAAACAGAGUGCGCCUUUAUAGUCUGGAAACCUCAAAAAUGAUUUCCAUAUUGGGAUCUCACUAUCGCGAGAUCACUUGUCUUGAUCUAGCCAAUUGCCCUCCACAUCGUCUCGUGACAGGCAGCUACGAUUGCAGGGUACGCGUGUUUGACCUGCGCAGUGAAAAGAUGGCGCUUUCAUUUCACUUGGGACACAAAAGAGCUGUAACUGCGGUGCAAAUGGACGAUUGGAAAGUGGUCAGCGGUGCAGAGGAUGGAACGUUGGUGGUCUGGGACCAGCGGAUGACGUCAACUUUAUGGACGACUCAUGCGCGACACCCUGUGAGACUCUGUAAAUUUCAAGGUCCCCGGAUGAUCACGGCGAACAUUCCAUUGGAUAGAACACCACGUGAUAAUCUUUGGUAUGCAGAUGAUUUGAUUCUUCAUCGACGUCAUCGAGGAGUCAUUCGCACGUUUGACUUCUCGGCGAGCAAUGCCACAGAGGGAAUCCCGGAGAUUUGCUCUUCAAAUUAUGACGACACCAGUGGGUACAACUACAAUAUUAAACUGAGCGUGCCAUACGACAGUAUAGAGAUGUAGGGCUUCUGACAGAACUUGCAUUUUCUUCUUUGGACACAGUCCCGUAGUUAAAGUUGCAAAACUAAGAACAUUUUAUCUCGUAGAGAUUCAACUACUGACGAUUUGCAGCCCCCUUUUGGUAGCGAUUACAUAACUCUUGGAAAGCAAUUCUUAAAACCUACAACUCCUCUUUGAGUCAUUACGAAUCAGUGAAGAGUCAAUGUGGUGAAGACUACAUACAAAGUAUCGUUCUCCUCAGUGCAAGAGUGUUUCUUUGACUUCAGUUUGCUCAGGUCCGGUUGAAUGACGGCGAAAAUUUUUCCUUUUGAACCAUCUGAGUUACCGAAGCUGCCUUUAUUCCAAACUGUGUCAUAAGUCCAACAUGAAUACACUACAUUGCUGAUGGAGACAUUCUAAAGAUUGUUUACACCUGUAGAUGUUUUAGUCCGGGAGCGAGCGCGAGAAAAAAAAAACAGAGGGGAAUAAGGAGAGGGAUUUACUAAGAAAGAGGACCCUUGUAAGGAGGUUACACUCGCCUCCUUGCCCCUCUCGACACUCCUUCCUAGACCUCCUCCAAAUACCAAGAGUUUGGCACAGACUAGAAUCUGCAGAUUUUAAGAGAAAACGUCUGAGGUCGCAAUCAGUAUUUGUCUUCUGAUUAGGCACCGUAUGAGCGAAAUGAGCAGAAAAAAACAUAUUUGAGGCUUCAGCCACUCUUUGACUGUCUCCACAAAAGGCUCCGUCCUUAAAAAUUGUGCCAUAAUGCUGAUUCAGAGCGUGAUGUUUCGCUACCAGAGGCUUAUUCCUACCAUCGUCCCAAAGUCAACCUGAAAAACCUAUCUUCUACCUUACUAUAGGCGUGGUGAUUUCCAAUGGGAGAACCAGUCACAGUUCAGUGUCCUUGUGGAAACACCGACGAAUUUCUGUCAUCUGAACAUGUGGCAUGAUACAUCUUUACUGCAAUGCACCUUGUCUUUUGUUUACAGGUAGCUCCUAAAACCGAGACUUUCUUAUAUAAACGGAUUUUUGAUUUUGCAAGAAUUUUUUGAUGAAGUAAAUGCCUCUUUUUGAUGUGUUGUAGACUUAAAACAUUCUUGGACAGUGCUCAGUCAGCUUGACUGUUGUCCUGAAAGGGAUCAGGAUCAAAACUAGUUUCCAAUGCGUCUCUUCUUUCCAGGAAGAGCUCAGAAAGAAUGAGUGUCUUGACUCUCAUUCACAACUGACCAGACUGAUAAAGGAACCACGGGCUCAAAUUUAUAAGGAAAUGACCAGUAAAGGGUAAAUGGCAGAAUGGGCCACCUUGGCCAAAAAAUAUUUUAUUUUACGUUAACCUCUAGCCUUUUAAAACCGCUGGCAGGUAUGGGACUAUGGACGACGACUCCCCGUACAAAGCUUUGCAGAAUGAUCCCUCCCUUCCACCCGAACUUAACGCGUGACUCAGCUUUAAGUCGCGCGCCAGUAAUCUUGUAUCCGUAGAUGGUUGAGAAACAUUUAAUAUUUUCAAGAGCAUCUUAUAAAACUGAUCUUAAGUGCAUUUUAACAUCGCAUUCCUUCUAAUCAUGUCAAGUGUUAUUACUCCAAGUUCAAAGCAAAGCUUUAUCUCGUCAAUCAUCGCCGUCUAAUGGAAUGUCUGCCGACUGGAUCUUUAUCGC